GAAGGUACUCCAUUGCCCCAUAGGAAAGGUUUCAAGGUAUGAUUUUGACAAGUAUCUGUGAGACUUGUUCCGAAUGAGACUAAGAGACAGUUAAAUUUCAUCAGAUCAAGGUCCUCUUUCUGUACUUUGUUCCAGCAUCCUGCCUUAAAAAUUGUUUACAAUGUUAUUUUUUUUUUGGCAUCGAGAGAAAUCUAAAUGGUAUGCUUAAAAUGUUUACAGGAGUUUCAUGUAGCCAGUUGUCAUGGCAGUGAAUUACACUCGGAACAUGUCUAAUUCCAGUCUCACCAGCAUAGAGGCUCGUGAUUUGGAUGAGCGUAAAAGAUGGAAGAAGAAGACAAUCAAAGCAAGAAUCCUAAUUGGAGUUUUAACUGUUAUCUGCAGUAUACUCAUCGUGAUAUUAAUUGUAACCUAUGAGAGUGGUCAUAAAAAUACAGAAUGCACACAAAAGCAGAAUGGAAAAGCUGUCAAUAACAACAUUAUUAAGUUUGUCCACAUUUCGGAUAUACAUUAUGAUCCUUUUUAUGACAAGAAUACACCCCAAAGAUCUUUUUGCCGCCCACAACUUGCAAAUAGUACAUCAAAUUACACAGCACAAUAUGGAAGGAUUGGCUGUGAUUCACCAAUUGAUCUUGUGGAAAAUUCCUUGGAUGCCAUGCAGAAUGUAAGCAAGAUAGAGAAUGUUAGCUUCAUUUUGUUGACAGGUGACUUGUCAGGUCAUGGCAUGUGGACAUCUUAUGCUGGUCCACAUAAAGUUUUGGACAACAUUGCUGAAGUUAGUAACAAGGCACAUUCAAGAUUUCCAGAUAUUCCCAUCUUCCCAGUGGUUGGGAAUAAUGAUCUGCCUGGACAUUAUGUUUUACCAAACUCCAGUGACUGGUAUAAAGAGCUUUUGACUUCUUGGGCUCCAUUGAUUUUGUGCUCCUCAUGCCCCAAUGACAUGACAAAGCCAACUACAAGGACUGUUUUAGAAGAGAGUUUUUUAAAGGGAGGAUACUACAAUGCCAGCAUUGCAGGUGGCAAGAUUGUGUUAUUAGUCUUAAACAGCCUUUACUGGUCUGUAGAAGUGAAUCACAAUCCAGAAAUCCUUCAAAAGGCUGUCCCAGUUCUUUGCUCAUACACACAAAGACGAUUUCCGUCUUCAGCUGUCUAUGACAGAAACCGGUGACACUCAGCAAGAAGCACCGAAGUCGUUUGUGCUUCUUGCACCCGCCAUAUCUCCUGUCUACCAUAACAACCCAGCAUUUAGAGUAGUGUCGCUAGAAACAGACCAACUUGUCCUGCUGGAUUACACACAGUACUACAUGGACUUAGUCAUGGCUACAGAAUUCUCAAAUCCGAUUUGGCAACUGGACUACACUUUUAGUCAGAAGUACCCAUCAGAAAAUACGUUUCUCGACGCCAACAGAAUCUAUGAACUGAAUGAAGAACUUAUAAACCAAACUAGUAACAAGUUCUGGAAGGGAUACGUGUUCUCGCGCGAGACAAACUACCAGCCGGUGCCGUAUUCAAGAUUUCAACUUUUCUGUGCAAUGCGGCUUGUUUACAAAGAGGAUUUCAACAGAUGUAUUGAACAGUAUAAUGUCCCUGGUGGCUAGGGAAAUUUAAUGAUGUUAAAAAUGUUAGGGCAUUUUUAAGAUAAUUUAUAAUUUAUAAUUUCAUUGCCUUUUCUUUACUUCCCUCUGAAAUUGGUAAAGAAAAUUAGCGCCAUCCUCUGAACAAAUCAGAUGCAAAAUUAAUCGCAACUAGCCCAAUCGCGUUUUCCCGCACUCCGGAAAUUGGCUUGAUUUUACUUCGAGUUCUCAUUGGCUCACUCUCAUUUUCGCGCGCUCUGUGAAGUUUGCUUUUUUUUUUUUUUUUUUUAACUCGCUACGCGCUCUUUGUGGCAUUCCCCCUUGCCCUGAUUGGCCUUUGUGAUUAUUUUGUCCUUGUUUUAGAUGCUCUCUGAUGUUGAUCAAUCCCAGCUUCUUUUUAUAUUUUCACUCGAGAGAGAGAUAGGGUAAGGCUUCAAGAUUAUUAGUACUUGUUUUUGGAAAUGUUUCUUACUAACAGGAGUAAAAACACCGCCAUGGAAGGAAGUGACUGUAGUGCUUUUUUGACUGGAGCUGAUCUCAAUUCGCAAAGAGAGCACACGCUGUUUUUCUUCCUGAACAAAAUCAUGAGAUUUUUUAGCCGUAAAUUCCGGGAAACUUCGAAAGACGGAUUUCUCUAGUUUACGACUCAGUGUUUGAAUUAUAAAAAAAGAUGAUACAGUUACGAAAUGAAAUUAUACUAACUUUGCAAAUAAAAUGUACAUAUUCAAAUACUAACUUUCUAAGUAGAAUUGUGAGAUGAAACUUUCCCUUUUGAAUUGUCCAGUAAAGGAUGUUUUUAAUAAAUGAGUUAAACCUACCGCAAA